AUGGCAACAAACUUCGAGUUCAUUAUUGUUGGCGGCGGAGCAGCGGGGGCAGUUAUCGCGUCCCAGCUGGCAAAUACAGCGCGGGCACCUUCAGUCUUGCUGGUCGAGGCAGGAAGCGACCCUCGUGCCUCUGAUCCUCAACUACGGGCGCCGGCGGAUCGCACGCUUUGGAGUUUAAGCAACCAGAAACUUCUAGACCAUGGACACGUCUCGAUACCGCAGAAGGAGCUACUAGAGCGACGACUUCCCUAUAGACGGGGCCGGGCGCUGGGUGGGAGCACCGUCACGAACUACAUGGCGUACCUCUAUGGAACCAUGGCAGACUACGAUGCCUGGGCAGAGCUGGUGGACGAUCCAGUGUGGAGGUGGGAGCAUGUUCAGGAGGUGUUUAAAUCUCUUGAAACAUACCUUGUUGAGCUCCCCGCUGGAAUGGAGGCCUAUGUAAAUCCUUCCCGGAGAGAUCAUGGCGAUAGCGGACCCAUCAAAAUAUCAUUUCCACGAAUGUGGGAGAAGGAAGGGAAGAAGCUCCUUGAAGCCGGUACAGAAAUAGGGGUUCCUAUAUGCCUGGAUGUAAAUUCCGGAAACCCCAUGGGUAUCUCUCUGAAAGUCUCAACCCACGACCAUGCCGAGCGCACCACAAGCGCGUCUGCAUUCCUUGCUUCUCCACCGGCCAAUCUACAUAUAUGGACUGACUGUCCAGUAAGUCAACUCCAGCUUAACGGAAGAAGAGUUGUUGGCGUACAGUGCGUGGAUGGCAGGCAGGCAACAGCGACAAAGGAGGUCAUUAUCUGUGGAGGCUCGAUCGACAGCCCAAAAAUCCUCCUUCUGUCUGGUAUUGGUCCCGUCGGAGAAUUAUCUGACCUCGGAAUCGAAGUGGUACAAGAUCUACCAGGAGUUGGUGAAGGUCUUCAAGAGCACCCCGGGGUCCCGAUGAUGGCACGAAUGACUGGCUCCUUCUCGGAUCGCUGGGCGUUUGAAAAGUCUCCGCAAAAGCAGAGGGAAGCUGCUGAGCAGUGGACGAGAGACAAAACCGGCCCACUAUCUGACGGUCACAGUAACAUGGCGUUCCUAUUCAUGAAGAUUCCCGAGCUCCAGACCACGACUGAGUUCCAAGGCCUGGACGACAAGACGAAGCAAUUCCUACAGCAACCGUGCGUGCCACACUACGAGAUGACGGCUGGCGGGCCCAAUUUCUUUCCCGAUAUGGAUUUCGGCGAUGAUUCAUAUCUGGCAGCGCUGGCGGUUGGAAUGAAUUGUCAAUCCCGGGGCAAGGUGAGUCUAGCAUCGGCGGAUCCGAGGGAUAUACCCAAUCUGGAUUUCAACUUCUAUGACCACCCAUACGACAUGCGGAUGAUGGUGGAAGGGAUGCGCAAGACACUGGAAUUCUUCAACUCGAAAACCUUGUCGCCGUACCUGAAAGGCCCUGUUUUGAUGCCGGAAAGUAGGUCUGAAGAGGAUAUUGUGGACUAUAUUCGGAAACAAACCCAGGCCGCCCUACAUGCAACUGGUACCGUCAGAAUGGGUCCGCGUUCUGACAAGAUGUCCUGCGUCGACUCAAGUUUCAGGGUCUACGGGGUUGAAGGCCUCCGUGUGGCAGACAUGAGCGUGUGCCCUCUCCUUCCAAAUAGCCAUACCCAGGCCACGGCAUACCUUAUUGGUGCUGUGGCGGCAGCGAAGCUGGUGGCGGAGUACCGACUGCAGUCAAAUGACAAGAUAUGA